GUCUGGUCUCGUAGUCCAUCGAAUUCGGACAUGGUAGGAAAAAAACCGAAAGAAAGGGAGGAAAGGAGACCAAACACUCCUGAACCAGAGGGGGGGAGAGAGAGAGAGGAUAGACAGGGGUUUUGGGGACCUGCCUCCUGCUCGUCGUACCUGUGCUGUUCGCAGCGCGACGUUGCUGCUACCACAAGCGAUUGCAGUCUACCACUGACCACAUUCCUUCUCUUCUUCCUUCCUCGACAAGUAUAAUCCGUUGAAGCAGCUGCCACUACUGUACAACGAAGCUUUAAGCAAUCUCAAGACCAUUUUGUCUUCUUCUUCCUGCUUCGUAUCUAGGGUUUUUGCUGGGUGGUUGUUUCGUUAGAUCUGGGUGUAAGAAUCUGAAAUGGUGUCUCUUUCUCUCCCUCAAGGUAGUACGAACGCUCUCGCUCGCUCGGGGAUCUCGUUUAUGUCGAUGGGUCUGUGAGUCUUGAUUUCUGGCCAUGGAUACUGGGUACCGAUUCCGUAGAAUAGCUCGUCCUCCGUUUGCUUCUAAUCUGAAGUUGGACCCGUUGCUUGAUGAAAAUUUAGAGCAGCGGCCACAUCUGCACGAACUUGUCCAAUGCUAUAGAACUGAUUGGGUAAAGGAUGAGAACAAGUAUGGGCACUAUGAAAGCAUUGGUCCGAUUUCAUUUCCAAGUCAAAUAUAUGAGGGACCUGAUACCGAUAUUGAAACAGAAAUGCAUCUUGCAAGCGCACGGCAAACAAAACUUGAAGAUGCUACUGAUGAUGACAUUCCGAGUACUUCAGGAAGGCAAUUUUCAGAGGCUGCAUCAUCUGAUUCAUUGCACUCAAAGCAUUUUGGUCAAUCUCCCCUCCCUGCUUAUGAACCUGCUUUUGACUGGGACAACGAGAGGUCAAUAAUAUUUGGUCAAAGGAUUCCAGAAACUCACAUGGCACAAUAUGACAGAGGAAUGAAGAUAUCUGUGAAAGUUCUGUCCUUGUCAUUUCAAGCGGGACUACUUGAGCCAUUCUAUGGUACAAUUUGCCUAUACAACAGGGAGAGAAGAGAAAAGUUGUCAGAGGAUUUCUUUUUCCGCAUCUUACCAGCUGAAAUGCAGGAUGCUAGAAUUUCUUAUGAACCUCGUGGUAUUUUCUAUUUAGAUGCUCCAUCAGCAUCAAUUUGUUUGCUGAUCCAGUUGGAGAAGCCUGCCACGGAGGAGGGGGGCGUUAGUCCCUCUGUUUAUUCACGUAAAGAACCUAUCCACCUGACUGAGAGAGAGAAGCAGAAACUACAAGUUUGGUCUCGAAUUAUGAUUUACAGGGAGGCCUUUGCCUGGGCUAUUGUUCCAUUAUUUGAUACCAGCAUGGGUGCAGCUUCUGGUGGGUCUGCAUCCCCUGGCAGCCCUCUCACUUCUGCUGUGUCUGGGUCAAGUUUCCAUGAGGGUGCUUCUGAGUCUCUUGGUAAGAUCACUUCAGAUGGGAAGUUAUCUUAUUCAAGUGGAAGCUCUGUUGUUGUCGAAAUAUCAAAUCUGAACAAAGUGAAAGAAAGCUAUACAGAGGACUCACUGCAGGAUCCCAAACGCAAGGUUCAUAAACCUGUGAAGGGUGUCUUGAGAUUGGAAAUUGAAAAGAUCCAGUGUGACCAUAUUGACUUGGAAAAUAAUUCUGAAAGUGGCAGCAUGACUAAUGAUUCGGUUGACCCGGGGGACCGAUUUGGCGAUUCUACCUUUUCGAAAUGCCCCAGUAAUGGUUCCGAUGGGCCUCAUAAUAGCAAUUCCAAGUGGAACUCAUAUGAUGGAAAAGAAACUUCGGGGAAUGGAUCAAAUGCACUUGGAAGUCUAUAUUUCAGCACUGAUGAUUUCCAUGCAUUUGACUUUCGCACUACAACAAGGAAUGAGCCUUUCUUGCAGCUUUUUCAUUGUCUUUAUGUCUAUCCCUUGACUGUCAGUUUGAGUCGGAAAAGGAAUUUGUUCAUUCGGGUUGAGCUUAGAAAGGAUGAUGCAGAUGUUCGAAGAAAUCCCCUAGAGGCAAUGUAUCCAAGGGAGCCAGGUGCAUCACUUCAGAAAUGGUCUCACACUCAAGUUGCUGUUGGAGCUAGGACAGCCUGCUACCAUGAUGAAAUUAAAAUUUUCCUCCCUUCUCUUUGGACACCUCUGCAUCACCUUUUGUUCACAUUCUUUCACAUUGACCUCCAAACUAAAUUGGAAGCUCCUAAACCGGUGGUAAUUGGAUACGCUGCACUUUCUUUGUCUACUCAUGCACAGUUGCGAUCUGAAAUUUCUUUGCCCAUCAUGAGAGAGCUGGUUCCACAUUAUUUGCAAGAUACUGGCAAGGAGAGGCUGGAUUAUUUGGAAGAAGGAAAAUGUGUCUUUAGACUGCGCUCGAGGCUGUGCUCAUCUUUAUACCCCAUUAAUGAACGGAUCAGAGAUUUUUUUCUUGAAUAUGAUAGGCACACACUCCGCACAAGUGCUCCUUGGGGGUCUGAACUUCUUGAGGCCAUCAACAGUUUCAAGAAUGUUGAUUCUAUUGCGCUGCUUCAGUUUCUGCACCCAAUUUUAAAUAUGCUUCUCCAUCUCAUAGGCAGUGGCGGUGAAACACUCCAAGUUGCAGCCUUCAGAGCCAUGGUUAAUAUCUUGACCAGGGUGCAACAAGAAUCUGUUGAUGACGCAGAAAGAAAUCGGUUCCUAGUUAACUAUGUAGAUUAUGCUUUUGAUGACUUUGGGGGUCGUCAACCACCAGUUUAUCCUGGUUUAUCUACUGUUUGGGGAAGUUUGGCCCGCAGUAAGGCUAAGGGCUACCGUGUAGGGCCAGUUUACGAUGAUGUGUUGGCAAUGGCAUGGUUUUUCCUCGAGUUAAUUGUCAAGUCAAUGGCAUUGGAGCAGGCUCGCCUUUUCUAUCAUAGUCUCCCAUUAGGUGAAGAUGUUCCACCUAUGCAAUUGAAGGAAGGUGUAUUCAGAUGUAUAAUGCAACUAUAUGAUUGCCUUUUGACUGAAGUUCAUGAGCGCUGCAAGAAAGGCUUAAGCUUGGCAAAGCGGUUGAACAGCAGUUUGGCCUUCUUUUGUUAUGAUCUCUUGUCCAUCAUCGAGCCACGCCAAGUUUUUGAACUGGUUUCCUUGUAUUUGGACAAGUUCUCUGGGGUAUGCCAGUCAGUUCUGCAUGACUGCAAGCUCACAUUUCUGCAGAUUAUAUGUGAUCAUGACCUUUUUGUGGAAAUGCCAGGGAGAGAUCCUUCGGACAGGAACUACCUUUCAUCUGUCCUAAUUCAAGAGCUUUUCCUGACCUGGGAUCAUGAUGAUUUAUCUCAGCGUUCAAAAGCAGCUAGAAUCUUGGUGGUACUUUUGUGCAAGCAUGAGUUUGAUGCUCGAUACCAAAAGCAUGAAGAUAAAUUAUAUAUUGCCCAGCUAUAUUUUCCACUUAUUGGCCAGAUCUUGGAUGAAGUGCCUGUCUUUUACAACCUAAAUGCCGUUGAGAAGCGUGAAGUCUUGAUUGUUAUUUUGCAAAUUGUAAGAAACCUUGAUGAUGCAUCACUUAUUAAGGCUUGGCAGCAGAAUGUUGCCCGAACCAGAUUGUUUUUCAAGCUACUGGAGGAAUGCCUAAUGCUUUUUGAGCAUAAAAGACCUGCAGACACCAUGCUUGUGGGCGGUAGUACUCGCAGCCCAGUUGGGGAUGGACCUGCCUCCCCAAAGUACUCUGACAGACUUUCUCCUGCAAUUAACAGCUAUCUGUCAGAGGCAUCCCGACAGGAAGUGAGACCUCAAGGAACACCCGAGAGUGGUUAUAUGUGGCAGAGAGUUAAUUCUCAGUUAAGUUCCCCCAGCCAACCAUAUUCAUUGAGAGAGGCCCUUGCUCAGGCUCAAUCUUCUAGGAUUGGAGCUUCAACCCAAGCACUGAGGGAAUCAUUACACCCAAUAUUGAGGCAGAAAUUGGAAUUAUGGGAAGAAAACUUGAGUGCAGCUGUCAGUCUUCAAGUUCUGGAAAUAGCAAAGAAAUUUUCCACCGCUGCAGCAUCCCAUACUAUUGCUACCGAUUAUGGAAAACUUGAUUGUAUCAGUGCCAUAUUUAUGAGCUUCUUCUCACGAAGUCAACCACUGGUUUUUUGGAAGGCUUUGUUUCAUGUGUUUUACAAUGUCUUUGAUCUUCAUGGAACAACACUUAUGGCAAGGGAGAAUGAUCGUUUUUUAAAACAAAUUGCUUUCCAUCUUCUUCGGCUUGCAGUUUUUCGAAAUGAUAACAUCAGAAGAAGGGCUGUCAUUGGGCUCCAAAUACUUGUGAGGAGUUCUUUCUAUUGCUUUCGGCAAACUGCAAGGUUGCGGGUCAUGCUGACUAUCACAUUGUCAGAAUUGAUGUCUGAUGUACAAGUGACUCAGAUGAAAUCCGAUGGAAUGCUUGAGGAGAGUGGUGAAGCACGUCGCCUCCGAAAAUCAUUGGAAGAGAUGGCAGAUGAAGCUAAAAGCCCCAAACAAUUAAGGGAUUGUGGACUUCCUGAGAAUGCUCUUGUUGCAAUUCCAGAAAGAUUGGUAGAAAACCGGUGGUCCUGGUCUGAGGUUAAAUACCUAUCUGGCAGUCUUCUUCUGGCCCUUGAUGCUAGCCUGGAACAUGCACUUAUGGCCUCCAUGAUGACUGCGGAUAGAUAUGCAGCUGCUGAGAGCUUUUAUAGGCUUGGAAUGGCAUUUGCUCCUGUCCCAGAUCUUCACAUAAUGUGGUUGCUGCAUUUAUGUGAUGCACAUCAGGAGAUGCAGUCUUGGGCCGAGGCUGCCCAGUGUGCUGUUGCUGUUGCUGGUGUUGUAAUGCAGGCCCUUGUGAGUAGAAAUGAUGGAAUCUGGAGCAGGGAUCAUAUAACGGCUUUACGUAAGAUAUGCCCCAUGGUCAGUAGUGAGAUAACUUCAGAGGCAUCUGCAGCUGAGGUGGAGGGCUAUGGUGCAUCUAAACUCACUGUCGACUCUGCUGUAAAAUACCUUCAGCUUGCAAAUAAGCUUUUUUCCCAAGCUGAGCUCUAUCAUUUCUGUGCAAGCAUUUUGGAACUUGUAAUUCCGGUAUAUAAGAGCAGGAGGGCAUAUGGCCAACUGGCUAAAUGCCAUACCUUGCUGACGAAUAUCUACGAAUCAAUCCUUGAACAGGAAUCUAGCCCAAUACCCUUUACUGAUGCCACAUACUAUAGGGUUGGAUUCUAUGGUGAUAAAUUUGGGAAGCUCGAUAGGAAGGAAUAUGUAUACCGAGAGCCUCGUGAUGUACGGCUGGGUGACAUAAUGGAGAAGCUAAGUCAUAUAUAUGAAUCAAGGAUGGAUGGAAAUCACACGCUACACAUUAUUCCAGAUUCUAGGCAGGUUAAGGCAGAUGAGUUGCAGCCUGGAGUUUGUUAUCUGCAGAUAACUGCUGUUGAUCCAGUAAUGGAAGAUGAAGAUCUCGGAAGCAGAAGGGAGAGAAUCUUUUCUCUUUCCACUGGAAGUGUUCGUGCACGUGUUUUUGACCGUUUCUUGUUUGAUACUCCAUUUACCAAAAAUGGAAAGACCCAAGGUGGAUUAGAAGACCAAUGGAAGAGACGUUCAGUUCUUCAGACCGAGGGCUCAUUCCCUGCACUUGUGAACAGGCUCUUGGUAAUUAAAUCUGAAUCUCUUGAGUUCUCCCCAGUUGAGAAUGCCAUUGGGAUGAUUGAAACUAGGACUGCUGCACUACGGAAUGAACUUGAAGAGCCUCGCAGCUCUGAAGGUGAUCAACUCCCACGUCUUCAGAGCCUACAAAGAAUACUUCAAGGCAGUGUUGCAGUUCAGGUGAAUAGUGGAGUCCUCAGCGUGUGUACAGCCUUCCUGUCAGGUGAGCCUGCAACAAGGCUUCGUUCACAAGAACUGCAGCAACUCAUUGCCGCUCUUCUUGAAUUCAUGGCAGUGUGCAAGCGUGCCAUUCGAGUACACUUCAGGUUGAUAGGGGAGGAAGAUCAGGAUUUCCACACUCAACUUGUGAAUGGAUUUCAGUCUCUUACUGCAGAGUUAUCUCACUACAUCCCAGCCAUUCUUUCAGAACUCUGACAAUGUUUUUUUCAUUGUUUGGCUAUUAGUCCUGCAAUGUGUUCAUAUCAUUUGUAAUUUUUUGCUUUUUUUUUUUUUUUUCUUGUAAACAUUCUUGGUUGUUUGUUCAUAUAUGCCACCAGUAUGUGUACUUAUUAUGGCCUUUUUCUCCAUCUAAUCUACCCGUGCCAUGGUAUUCACCUACUAA